CUUCUUUAAAUAUAGUAGCUCAUGGAAAGGCAUUUUUUGUAUGAAGGGUUUAUCUCGUUCUUUUAUAACCACAAAUAUCGUAGGGGGUCUAGGAAAUCAACUUUUUCUUGUCGCCAAUUUGCUUGCUACCGCACGUCGCAAUAACAUUCCUGCCGUUCUUCCACGACUUUCGUUGAGCAGCAGCUGUGAUGCACCUCGACCUACGUACUGGUCAUCAAUUUUUGAAUCACUUGAGUCUUUUGGCGUAGAAUACGUCGAUGAGUACACCUCGUUCGAUGACGCUCGGAUGCGUGUAGUCGUACAGGAGGUUCGUCCUGCCGCCCCCAUUUUUCUAACUCCAGGAAGUUGCGGCAGAAACGUUCCUUGUUGCUUCGAUAUGGUUGGUUUUUUUCAGUCAGAGUCUUUUUUUAGGGACUUUCCCAUAAUUAAGGAGAUAGUACCUCACCGACUACACCAGUUAGCCAUGACGCAUCUGCGGGCCAACUACAGCUACGGGAGUGAUUACCCCCACACAGUUGGUAUUCAUCUGCGCCGUGGGGACUACACGAAAAUGACUGAUGUGUUUGAGCAGCUUGACCUGGGUUCGUAUUACGACCCUGCGAUAUGCCACAUCUUGGGUGGGUUAUUGAUGAGGGAAUUGCAUAAACGAGCCCCGUGUAGACGGAAUCACAGUUCCACCAUACCUCCUUCCAUUCAGCUGCUAUUUUUUUGUGAGGAGGAACGCGAGGGUCAAUUGGCGGUAAACUACUUCAGGUCAAAAUAUCUAGGGCUGCACGUCACGCAUGUGCACCCAUCUAACGAAAAGCAGGCGCCGCUAGCUUCAAACACAUCCCAGCCGCGUGAGGUGUUGGAGCUUAUCAUGCUAGCCCACUGUGACGACGUCGUUAUGGCCAACUCUACAUUUUCGUGGUGGGGGGCCUACUUGAACAAGAGCGUGCUGCGUCGCGUGGUGGCACCUUCCAAGUGGUUUGUGCAGCACCCCUACCCGCAAUCCAACCAUCUGUACUGUGAUAACUGGUUUCUGUUGUGA